GCAGCUCCCCUGCUCCCCGCCUUCACCUCCUGGGUGAUAAAUGCAUUUCUUAGAGGGCAGGUGUCACCUACGGGUGCUGCGUGUGGCUUUGCCAUUGAAGGGCUGUCUGUGUUUAUCACCUGCCCCACACUAGGUGAGGCACUUAGGGACUUCUCCCUGGUCCUCAGUGCAUGAGUGUGAUGGUGGGAGACCUCUUUGGACAUAGCCACUGAUUAAAAGUGUCUCCCUCAGACCUUGGCACUACCAACAUCUACCAUCAUUGCCUGGGAAUAACAAUUGGUGCAAUCAAAGCCCUGCAUAGAAGACCAUGGGGAAAUUCAGAAGCAUCCUUCUUGUCUUCCUUGGCUAUCUUCUAGUCCAUGUAAGAGGUCAACGUGACUUCGAUUUAGCUGAUGCUCUCGAUCACCCAGAGGAUAUUAUUACAAGGAAGCCCACAGUGAUCAGAAGACCAACAAGACCUCUGACGAACAAUGAUCUGCACUUAGGAGAUGCACUUGGUGGGGGUGACAUCCCAAGACAACCUUUAUACCCACCUCUUCCUCCACGACCAGGAAGCCACAGUAAUGCUGGAGGAUUUAAUGACUUUGAUCUCGUUGAUGGGAAGCCUUUACCACCACACGUAGCAGGAGAAGAAGGGCAUAAUUUCAAUCAUGGUGGAAACACGGAUUCAGGAUUAAUAGCUGGAGUUACAUCUCCUAUAAUUUCUGCUUUUGUGAUAUUAGUUGUUGGAUCGAUAGCGGCCUACACAGCUUACAAGAACAACAAGCUUUGUUUCAAACCACGUGGUGGGGCCACAGUGUAAACUGCUGAAAAGAAAUUGUCUGCUGAUGACACACUCCUUUGGCUGGCGAUGUUCUGCCCGCAGAUCUGACAUUUUUUUCCAACUUUAAGAUUCUAACAAUUUGUGGAGACACUGCAAUUCCGUUUUCUUUUACCCAACGUUACUCUUAAAGCUUGAGCUUUACAUCAUCAAAGAUGUACUUAAAAUGUCCAGGAUUAGUAUUGCACUAUCUGAUGUGUAUUCAUAAAUGUUGGAUAAGUAUUUUGAUUCAGGAGAUAUUUUAAAUGCGGAAUUCAAGCUGAAUAUGAGCUAAAAAUUAAAAGAUUUUGGUCUGUGAGUGUUUCAGUCACUGAAGAAUUUUUUUCCUAUUUUCUAAAUUGGCCAAAAUCAUUAAACAUUCUGACAGGACAGAAAUAAGAAAAAUGCCAUUUCCAUUCAUACAUUUUGCAUAUUUCUAUAUUGUCUGUAGUAUUUAAGAAAAAAUUGAAGUUGUGUAAAUGAUUAAGCGUUUUUAUGCCUUUACUCGGUAUCCUAUGUCUGAACUCUUGCACAGCAGAAAGAGCGAUAGAUUGAAAAUUCAUUCUUAAUUUUAAAACACAGUAUGAAAAGAACACGUGCACUGAUGAGCCACUGAUUAAAAGAAAUACAAUGAGGAGAGCACGAGUUAAUUUUAUUUAUUUAUUUAUUUUUGAAAUGGUAUUUGGCUCUUCUCAGGAACUGGAAAUCUGUCGUAAAUUAUGCUUUCCUUCUUGAAAAAUUAGAAGCCUCCAAAGGCAAUCUGAUACAUUUUCUUCUUUCUUUCUUUUUAUUUUAAGAAAUGUGUUAUUCAUAAUUUCUGUAAAGGAAAAUUAGGUUCAGAGGUUUUGGAAUCAGUUCGAACUAAUCUGUGACACUUUGUCCUAUAUAUCUUUGUCACCAACUUUUAAAUUUUGUACAUAUCUUUUAGCAGAGGUAUAGUAGAUACUUAUAGUUUUGCUAGCAAGGCUGCUUCAUCUUCUCUUGCUCCUCAUCAACCUUGCUAUGUUAACAAAUGUUCGUAUGCAGACAAAAAUUAUCAUCAAAAACUAACCCUUAACCAGUUUCUCUGUCUUCAGGGAAUGAAACGCAGGUGAGAAGGUGGCAAAACUAGUAGCUUACUGACAUAAUUCUACAGAACGGUUAUUUUAGCUAACUUACAGGCAUAGAGGAAAUACAUGAAGAAUGCAUUUUCUUACAAAUUUGCAUGCAGAUGGACAUAAAAACAAUUCUGUGUUUGUUGAAUUGUUGAGAGAAAGACAUAGUCUGGAAAAGUACACGUUUCAUAAAAUAAAAUAUUAUUCUAUCUCUGUAAUAGAAAUUAUAUUGUACAUCAGUUUAAAUAUAGAAACAUCUUGACAACACACAAAGAAACAAGCAGCUUCAUAGCUACCACUUUCAGCUUAUCACUGAUAAUGUAUUUUAAUUAGGUUUUCAAGGACACAUGCUUUUUCUUUAAAAAUAUAAAACUUUCAUGUUAAUAUUUAUAACAAUUACUAUAUGUUUUGUCAUGUAGAUGUAAAGCUAAUGUUAAAGCUUUUUGAGGUUACCACCUCUGUUGCUUGUUUAACGAUAAAAAAUAUGCACAUUCCUUCUUUAUCUUGACAAUUUUCAAUAAACACAUACUGUGUUUUACCCAAGUUGAAA